AUGAGCCGUUUCAACGACCCCAGCGCCGAUUCUGGCCAGAGCGGGGAACAGGGUCUAUCGUCGCUGGUUUUCGCCCUGCUGGACUCCCAAAUAAGACCCACCCCGGUAUCCAAUUUAACCAAGAACCUCAUGUCCUCGGGGCAGGUGGCUAACCAAAACCAAUAUGCCCAACCCACGCCGCCUGACUACGCUCUGCUGGUAGCUUCAGAAAGCCGCUCACAGGGGAUUCCGUUUGCCAGAGACAAUCAGGGCUUCAGCGGCUCUGUCGAUAACAAAUUCGUCCCGGCUGGUCUGGGACACAAUAUCGAUCCAUCACAAGCUCAUCCACAUUCUGUAUCGUCGCUGUUCACGCAGAACCCCCACCUUGGGAUUUAUAGAAACGGGGGAAAGCCCAACGGCAACGCUAACUAUAUUCCCUUGGGCCACAAUGCCCCGACCAUUGUGUCUUCCUCAUACACAUCCAAUUACUCCCACACACCUUCAUUCCAGAGUGCUUCAGCUCACUACAUGGACAGGAACGACAGCAAUGCCACAACAAACUCAGGAGCUGCUCCCGGAAUGCAACACAUAGCACCUCACGUCCAAACAGGCUUCCUCCCUUCAUCAUACAACAAAGCGGCCAUGGGCCACGGGCUUCCCACCACCAACCUCACAAUGAAUUCGGUCAAUUCAAGUUCCAGCCCCUUCCACCACGGCUCCGACUUCAAUAGGGCAAGCUUCUCAGCAACGCCGCAGCUGUACCACUCUCACUUUGAGCCCGGGUCCCAUCAUCAUAGUCAGGUGGCCCAGUCAUUGCCCACAGGCGGCUUCACGAACAGGUCACUUCAUCCAAUUUCCCACAGGCCUUCUCUUGCGAAAGAGUCGCCUGGCCAGAUGGGCUUCAACCAACCGCAAAACACUAAUCCUCCCAGUUUCAACCAAGGCUUUUUCAGCGAACCGGAUCAUUAUAUGACGUACGAUGAAUAUUUGGAAAAGCUCAACAAGCGGGAUGCAGAGAAUCCCCCCACAGACGAAAAUGGUUACGACGAACACCUCAACAUUGUGAAAUUCCCGGUCAAUGACCUUAUAACCAUGCUCGCGUGUCUCCUAACCAAAAUCAUAGAAGCUAAUGACAAGUUGCACCCUAAUCAUUUUGACACCACCAUUGCCAUCAGACAGAAGCUCAAGGAAGAGAAGAAGAGGAAGAGGCAGGAGAAGGAGAAGUCGAGACAGCAUUCAAUCGAUAGCAUGACGUAUUCUAACGACGGCAUAAACACCACAGUGGAACACAUUGACGAAGACUAUGUCAACUCCUCAGGCGAUGAACAGGACGACGAGGACGAGUUGAAGAACAGGUACUUGGCGAACGUGCUUGCAUUCCACGGAACAAACAUUCCCGGGAUCUCGCUCAAUGCGUAUCUCACAAGAGUGCUCAAGUACUGUCCGGUGACAAAUGAGGUGUUUCUCUCGCUCUUGGUGUACUUUGAUCGGAUUGCCAAGAAAGCCAACAACCUCAAGAAGUCCCAUGACGUCGACGGAGAGGGGGAGGGGCAAGCCGAUGGCGAGCAACUCUUCGUGAUGGACUCGUAUAACAUCCACCGGCUCAUAAUUCUGGGCAUCACUGUGAGUUCGAAAUUCUUCAGUGACAUUUUUUACAAGAACCUUCGGUAUGCCAAGGUUGGCGGGCUUCCGUUGGAAGAGCUCAACUAUUUGGAAUUGCAGUUUCUUCUUUUGCUUGAUUUCAAGCUCAUGAUAUCUGUGGAAGACCUCCAAAAUUACGGCGACCUUUUGCUCAAGUUCUGGAAACGGGAGCAAUUGGCGUCCGACCUUGUAAACACUGCUAACCAGGCGGAACCAGGCUCCUCCGCGGCGGCUAAUAGUUAG